AUGAAGUGGUCAUUCACUAUUCUGUCUCUGGUCUUGGUACCAUAUGCCACAGCAGCUCCGGUAGAGGAAGUCAAACGUGCAACCACACCCACAGUCACCAUUGCUGCUCCGGCUGCCACCAUUGUGGGUGCCAAAUCUGGCACUGUCGAUACCUUCAAUGGUAUUCCUUUUGCUGAACCACCUACGAGCUCUUUACGACUUAAGCCUCCCGUAGCCCUGACGACCGGAUUGGGCAAAGUGACUGCCACUGGCACUGCCCGAUCUUGCCCUCAGAUGUUCUUCUCGGACAAUUGGAGUAGCUUGACAGGUAUUCUCGGGACACUCAUCGACACGCCCUUACUUCAAACAAUCACCGAUGCGGGUGAGGAUUGCUUGACCAUCAACGUUGUCCGACCCACGGGCGCUGGUCCAACAUCAAAGUUGCCAGUUCUAUUCUGGAUUUUCGGUGGUGGAUUCGAACUCGGUGGAACUUCUACAUAUGAUGGCACAACUAUUGUCGAAAACGCCAUUUCUAACGGAACACCCAUUGUCUUCGUUGCUGUCAACUAUCGGGUUGGUGGGUUUGGGUUCUUAGCUGGCAAGGAGAUUCUCGCAGAUGGAUCUAGCAACCUAGGUCUCCUCGAUCAAAGACUAGGUCUCCAAUGGGUGGCUGACAACAUUGCACAAUUUGGCGGAGACCCCACUAAAGUCACUAUUUGGGGAGAAUCUGCCGGGUCCAUCUCAGUAUUGGAUCAAAUGCUUUUGUACGAUGGAGAUUACACAUACAAAGGCCAGCCUCUUUUCCGUGGUGCAAUCAUGGACUCUGGUAGCAUUGUUCCUACAAACCCUGUGGACGGUGAUGCCGCACAGAAAGUUUAUGACUCCGUGGUUUCUGCUGCUGGCUGCUCAUCGGCAACUGAUACACUAAAUUGUCUUCGUGGACUUGACUAUACCACCUAUCUUAACGCAGCCAACUCUGUACCUGGUAUCCUCAGUUAUAACUCGGUUGCUCUAUCCUACCUACCUCGACCGGAUGGUACCGUUCUCACAGACAGCCCUGAAGUACUCGUCAAAGAUGGAAAAUACGCACCAGUCCCUAUGAUCAUCGGUGACCAAGAGGAUGAGGGCACAUUAUUUGCCCUUUUCCAAUCUAACCUCAGUACCACACAAGAAGUCAUCGACUAUCUUCAAAGCGUCUUCUUCUCAUACGAUGGGAAUGAGACUAUCAUUGAAGGACUCGUCAACGCCUACCCAGACGACAUCACCUUCGGCUCCCCUUUCAGGACCGGCAUCCUAAACAACUGGUAUCCUCAAUACAAGCGUCUAGCCGCCAUCCUCGGCGACGCCGUUUUCACCUUGACACGCCGCGCAUUCCUGAACUUAGCCAACGCUGCCAACCCGAAUGUACCAAGCUGGUCCUAUCUCUCUUCUUAUGACUACGGUACCCCUAUUCUCGGCACCGGUCAUGGCACGGACAUCUUACAAGUCUUCUACGGCAUUGUGCCGGAUUAUGCCUCUUCAGCGAUUUGGUCAUACUACUUGUCAUUCAUUUAUGACCUUAAUCCCAAUGCGAAUACGACUUAUCCCAACUGGCCACAAUGGAGUACUGGGAACAAGUUGGUGAAUUUCAACGCUAAUAGUCUGACCACUAUAACGGAUAAUUUCCGUCAGACGCAGUAUGAGUAUCUAUAUCAGUAUAUGUCUGACAUUAGGGUAUAG